AUGAAUCCAAGUGCCCAGCCGUGGUAUCCCCCGGCGGAGUUGGUGCUUGGCGCACCGACGGCUGGCUUAACGGCGGUGCGUUGGCAAAACGAUCCGUACCGUUCACGAAUAGCCAGGUGUCCGCCUCCGCCGCUUUGCGGUGACGAUGAUUUCAUUUCGUUGCGAAUCGAGUCCCUUGUGCCGGUGGCAGGGACCAAAACGGAUUCACCGAUUCCAGCUGCUUUGACAGCAGCAGCAGCGGCCGCAGUGUUGCCGACAGCGGUGCAGGUGCCCGUGACUAAAGGUCAACCAUACCGCAGCAGCGGAGUCACUUUCGCAAGUGUACCCACGCAGGCGGAGGCACGCCUUCAGAAGCGAUCACAACCAGUAAGUCGUUGCCAGGCAGAUCUAAAACCCUUGUGGCGCAGCUUCGCCACCGUGUCGUCUCUGGACUCUCAAGGCGAUUCUCAAGAAAUCGAAGGCGCCACAACAGAGGAAAAAUGCUGCGCUGCACGUGUUCGGCCUGCAAGGCCCAAGGUGCCAAUCCCGCGUCCUCGAUCGCAGCUUAAUGCGGACAACGCUUUUGCAGCCGCCCGCAACCUCAACAAAACGGUGUUGGCGGGUAGUUUAGAUAUCAACCCGCACACGCCAGCAUCGACACCUAAUGACUCGAGCCCCGACCAAACCUCCGAAACCCCUGCCGUCUCUGCGAGUGGGACAGACACCACAACUACCGACGGUGAAAAUAAUACAUGCACGACCUCUUCUCCCACAGACGUUGGUGCAUCAACAGGCCGCAACAACACUUGCUCGGAGGAUGCCGAAGAGCCCAGCUGCGAAGUCAUCAGCGUGAAGAGCACGGCCCAGGAAGCAGAUGUUGACGAGAAGCCGCAAUGUCUGGCGAACCGCGCGCCACCGGGCCCAACCGCAUCCAAAAAGACACGAUUGAAGCCAAAGUCUGAGAAGUGGACAAUCGUCGGGGGUAAGGCAGGAGUGGCACUCGCUUCCGUGCAGGCGGCAGUAGUGCCAGCGAAGAGGCCAACUGCGUCGAUUGCCAGCACGAAGGCACGUGAGAGCGUGUCGCGUCACCGUACUCCGGAUCCAAAAGCAAAAGAGCGCGUUAGGUCCAAGCAGCGGCAGUCGCAAGCCCAGCAUAGGGAGGAAGUCAACAAAUGUAGCAGCAAAGAUGAUGUCAUCAUCGAGCAAAAGUCGAAACGACAGCGGGAUUCGCGGCGCCCGCGUGAGUGCUGGACUGAUGAGGAACUUCUUGAAACCCUAAUGAGUAGCACCACAAUCUCUGCUCAGACGGGUGCAUCCUCCAGUGGUAACAGUGGUGAUGGUGCCGCGUCAUUUGCCAUUAUGGGUGUCCCACUCGUUUGCGUUACACGAGGUGAGGAACUUCUCACGUCGCAGUCCUCGUCGCGGAGCGACGCGCGGCAGCGAAAUGCACUUCGUUUGUUCAUUCGUUCCCUCGCUAUGUUUGAAACGUCCAACGCCAAGACACUGCUGCUGCAGCGUGCGCUAAAUGGGCUGCCAGAGUCCUGCCAUCACCAGUGCCCAUCACUCGUUUGCGCUAUCAUGUUGGAAAUGAGUGCAAGCUGUGUGGAUGUGGAAAAAAGCCUCCAAACGUGCUAUAAGGCAUUGAGGCUGUCGGAGAGGCACAAUUUAGACACGUUUGAAAUGUUGUCGCGACUCGGCAUUACGCGCACCCUUGCUCGGGUCGUUGACACAAUGGAUGCGCGGGAGAAUUUAACACGAGCGGCACUGAUUGCGAUUGACCGCCUCGAAAAAGAGGCGCUCGGAUGGAUUGUGAUGCAAAUGGGUGUCACGCUGGAGAUAUCAGGACUUUUCCCUGACUCACUUGCUUGGUAUGAGGUUGCUGAGCGCCUUGCUCGGUCUACUGGGCAGCAGAGACUUCUUUGUGAAGUACACUGCUGUCAGAGCAUCGCCUACUCGGCAGUAGGAGAGCUGGAGCGCGCACAGCAGGCUUACGAGGCUUCACGGUUAUUACUUUCCAACAUUCAUCGGCACUGCCAUCAACGACCAUUGCAGAACUAUGCUCAACUGAAGUGUCAGCUCGGUGAUAUGGCGGGCGCGCUGCAGUUGCAGGAGGAGGAACUAGCUAUCGCCAAGGAGCUGGGUGAUACGCAUGCCGCGUCGCGUUGUGUCGGCGCUAUUGCAUUAACAAAGCGGUUUCUUGGUCGCUAUGACGAAGCGGCAGAGAAUUACAUGGAGGAGUUUAGCGUGCAUUGUUCCCGCGACCCGCGGCAGGCGGUGGAAUCGCUUACCGGCGCGGCAUCCUGCUGGCGAUUUGGCGGUCACGCGCAGAAAGCGUAUGAUUACUGUAUCCGAGCCCUCACUCAAGCCCGUGACUGUCAUGACCUCACUACCAUCGCCAAAGCGCUCGCAGAGUUGGCAGAGACGGAGCUAAGCAUGGACAGACUAGAUGAAGCACAAGAACAUCUGCGCGAGGCUCUCACCGCAGUAUUCCGCGUGGACGAUGCAGAGCAGAAGCAGUAUCUUGUGAAGGCCGCGCUUUGUGAAGUGGAGUGGCGUUGUUGCAGUGCAUUGGGCCAAGUGUACGCGCGCCGUGGUCAAGCAUUUGAGGCCAUGCAGUGUGCUGACCGCUGUCACGUGCCGAACACGGUACACAUGGGGCGAUUGCUGUUGCGGCGUCAGCGGUGCGCUGGAGCCAUACAUGACGCCACCAACCCUGAACUAGUCAGCAGGCAAAGUGUCGAACGGGUGCUCAAACAUCCCACAUUGAAAGGUUGGAAUGUAGUCUGCUAUUCACUUCCGUGGGCUGAGAAACUCGAUUUUAUGGUGUAUGUGGUCAUGCUGGACGCCGACAGCGGUGAGCUGAAGUGCGUGGCUCAUCCGCUUGUCAUGAGUGACGAGUUGGUGGCCUUUUUCUCUGGUCCUAAUGCCUUGUGGGACUUAUUGGAUGCUCCCAUGUUCACUGACACCGGGGACCGCAUGUAUGGCGAUACACCGCUAUGGCCGCAGCUGUACUCAAAGGUGGCAUUUGACUUCCAGCAGAACCCAAGCAAUGCGGAAUGUCUUGUGUCGCUUCGUACGGAUCCGCACUAUUGCCUUCGUUUACUUUAUGACAAUUUUGUGCGGCCACUGGAAGCGGACGUUGCCGGAGCAGAAGGGCUGAUGUUUGUCGCUGACGGCGUCUUCAGCCGAAUUCCGUUUCAUGCCCUUCACGAUGGGAAGAAGUACCUCGCAGAGCGCUUUUGCACGAGCACUUGCUGCUCCAUGGCGCUACUCUGCACGCACGCCGUGGAGGAUGAAAGCAUAAAAGCCGCAGUGACUCCACCUGCAAAAGCAACAGAUGGUGGCAGCGAGGAAUCCAUGGGGGGGAUGAUUCCCAAACGUUACACCAUAGUUGAUGAUGCCUCUCAUAAGGUGGUGUUAAUGGAUUCCUUUGUUGAGGAGAUGGUGGCUAAAAGCAAUGACAGUUCUAAUCCUGUUGGAGUGUGCGUCCGUCACUGGGUGGUUGAUGAAAAGCAACCUGUGAUUUCUUGCGUGGCGAACGAGCAGCAACUCAUCGAUGCGGCGUCAUCAAGUGACAACUCCAAAGAUGGAAACGGCGAUAUCAGUGCGGAGGCGGCGGGAAAUGAUGAUCCCGACGUGUCUGCCACAAAGCACCUGCUGUCGUGCUUGCGGCGCCGUGGCAAUGUCACUUCAGUACGUAACUCCCUCUACCGAGCCGUGCAUGAGAACCCCGAGGGCGUGUUGGAGUUGCGCCUUCGUGUCGUGCCGGAGGUUAAGGAGGAUUAUUGCGGAACUUUUGUUGGUGCCUCAUGCGAUGUCUCCGCCAGCCACGCCAGUGAAGUGGCCAGCUCAUGGGAGUUGCGAGGUUACGCACUUGUUUUAUGUAGUGGCAUCGGGACCUACGGAGGAUUAUCCAUGCAUGAGACGGGAGUGCCGGUGUAUCGAGCACUUCAGUAUGCGGGAGCUCGCUGCAUGUUGUUGGCAGCUGGCAGUCGAGUGCCGCCAUAUGUUAAAGUUCCCGCUGCUGCUGCAGAUGCGGCGCUGAAUGGGCGGAGUGUUGCCGCAGCGCUGCGUGAGGCAUAUGUUCGAGCGAUUGCGGCGGAUGUACCGUUGGAGGAUUGGUGCGGGUUUGCGCUGGUGGGCCUGCCGAUCUCGUGA